AUGCCUUCACGUCGAUUCGGGCGUCCUGCCAUGGUCGUUGCUACACUUAUUGCCUUUUCGGUUCUCAUACUUGUAUUCAUUGGAGAGGGGUUAAAAGCAUUUGUCCGCAAGGAUGGUGUUAGCUUGGGAAAAAGAGAUUUCACUCUCGGUCUUAAUUGGCAGACAACAAUCUCUACGCCAUCCACUGCUAGAAGUGAGAUUUCGACAUUGAAUGAUUGCUCGCCUUACUCUUUGAACACUCCAACAUCUCUCAUCAUCGACCACAUACGAUCCCAAAAGCAAGCUAUGGAGGAAGGAUCUACCACUGUUUCUGCCAUUCUUGCUCAAGGAACAAACACAGUCUCAUUUGCUCUUCAAGGAAGAUCUGAUAUGGUGUCCGUUAUUCUAGCCAAUAUCAACAGCUUGGUGACACAUCCUACUGGCGUUAGCAACACUGUUCGUGAUGCUACAGGACUACUUGCUAUUGCCAUGGCAAAGUCAAGACCAAGUAUCUCGAGCACAUCAGUCCAAUUAGCCUCAACUCCUACUGAUCUUCAAUCAUUGGCCGCUUUUGAAUUGUCGAAAAAAGCAGCAGCAUACAAUGUCCACCACGAUUCUCAUGGGGAGUCUUGUGAUUGUGCAGCAUGCAUCUCUUCUCCGGCAGCUUCCAUUCCAAUAACAAUAGCUCCUCCUCUUCCAACACAUGAAUUGAUCGCUAGAGCUUUCGUGGCUAGAGCUGAAACUGUCACCGUUACUAUCUCAGUAUGCUCAGACUCGGCAUCAAAGCCUUCGAACUCGACUGGGUCGGGUAAUCAAAGUCUACCACCAGCAUCAGGUUCAAAUAAUUCCUUACCAUCUCCAGAAAGUUCAAACUCCACGUCAUCGGGACCGAAGAAUCCCUCGCCUGCAUCUAACUCGACAUCCUCGGGACCCAAGAACCCUGUACCGGGCUCAGAUAACUCGAAUGCAACGUCUCCUUCUAGACCAAAUCCCCCUUUCACUAAUAGCACCAACUCUGGAGCUGGUAGUGGAGGAGCUGGCAAUGGAGGAGCUGGCAAUGGAGGAGCUGGCAAUGGAGGAGCUGGUAAUGGGGGAGCCGAUAGUGGGGGAGCUGCUGCUGGAUCUGCUGGUGUUGGUACUGGUGGCGCCGCUUCUGCAUCCGGAGCAGUGGCUAGUGCUGCUUCUCUAUUCUCAGGCAACACUUCUCAACCAACGGGUAAUGCCCAGUCAAGUAACAAAGGGAGCAAACCUUCAACCACGAGCAAAUCUACACCGGCCGAAAACACCUCUCCUGCAACAUCUGCAAGUAUCAGUCCGCCGAUUGCUAGCCAAGCGUCGGCUGCGUCAACUGGUAUCGAUAACAGUAUCUUCGCCCUUAUCACACCUGCUGUUUCGAAUGUUGUUUAUGUCAUCUCGACUAUUGGUCCUAUAGCCGUCAUGGUUGUUAUGGGUCAGAUAUGGCUUCUGUGA